AUCUGCGCCCUCCCAAUUCUCCUCCUCCCCCUCUUCCUCCUCCGACCACGGUCGCAUAGAAUACCCCGUGCGGAGAUCCCGAUUCUCCCUUUUUAAAGCCCUUUUUCCCCUCUCCUCUCUCCUCUCUCCGAGCUCUUCUUCUUCCUCUUCCUCCUCCUCCUCCUCCUCUCUCCGAUUUCGCGAGCUCGAUCGAGGAGUUGGGGAGAAGUAAGAGAGAGAGAGAGAGAGAGAGAGAGGGAGCUGUGAUCUCGUUGUAUUGGAAUUUUGGUUGUAGGGCUCCUCCUCUCGCCGAUUUGCGAGCUCGGUCGAGGUGGAAGAGAGAGCUAUACAGGAGCCAUAGAGAGAGAGGGAGAGAGGGAGCUGUGAUCUCGUUGUGUUGGUUGCUGCAUGACAUGCCGCAAGCUCUAUCCAAAUGUCAGCAUUAAAAGUAAAGAAGAAAAUCAGCAAGGUAUAUACAAGAAGAAAAAAAUUGCAUGCAUCGUCCAAGUCAACUAAACCACCUAAAGAUUCGCGGUCUCGAAUCGAAACAUUUCAACGAACUGCAGUGUCGGUCUCGUCUUGUAAAGAAGCAUCUCAAGAUGCUUAUGCCACUACUGAACUAACUGGACAGAACAUUGGGAUUACAGAGACCAGCGAGUUCCAAGAUGCAUGUAAUGCAGCAUCCGCUAAUUUACUGAUGGCGACACAGUCAUCAAUCGAUGUUAUAUGCACAGAAACCAUGGGUCCAACCUCUGCGACAUGCUCAGCCAAUCUUGAAACAAUCUUCUCUCCCAAUUACGAGCACAUUGAUUCUCAUUUAAGAGCAAUCUAUGACAUUAAUGAAGUUAGAUACGAGAAACCCGAUUUGCCCCAUCUGAUUGCUGAAGACAGCGAUGAAGGGAGUUGUGCUACCGGUGAUUAUCAGAGUUGCAGUUUUUCAAAUUUCUACAUUCCCGAGGACACUAGUUCAUUAUCCUUUGAUAGCUUGAUGGGUUUCACAAAUAGAAUCGAUACUGCUGAUAAUGAACAUACAGAUUCAGACAUGGUGAUUGAUAUGGCAGAGAGAUAUGUAAUACUCCCUUUCCUCGAGAAAACAGUGGAAACCAAUAACAUUGAUGAUGAAGUUUCUGAUGAUACAUGCUUGUAUCUUGCAAUUCAUCAAGUGAAACCGAAUGAUGAAGAAACUCAGCGAAAUUGCGGAUCUGGUGAUUGGGAGGGAAAUGAAUCCUAUAAUCAGCAUGUAUAUAUGGGAGAUUUACCGGCAUUGCCUGGGGUAAAUUCGACCUCUUGUCCUACUUGCUUGCCAAAAUCACAAGAAAGAAAGAAGCACAUCACCCUUGUACUUGAUUUGGACGAAACCCUAGUGCAUUCUACGCUGGAGCACUGCGAUGAUGCCGACUUCACCUUUCCGGUUUUCUUUGACAUGAAGGAGCACACCGUGUACGUAAAACAGAGGCCGUACUUGAAAGUAUUCCUUGAAAGGGUCGCCGAGAUGUUUGAAAUUGUCGUUUUCACCGCAAGUCAAAGCAUUUAUGCGGAAAAGCUACUUGAUAUACUGGACCCGGAGAGGAAACUAAUUUCUCAGCGUAUUUACCGCGAAUCGUGCAUAUUCUCCGAUGGUAGCUACACCAAGGACCUGACGAUUCUAGGAGUCGAGCUGGCAAAAGUCGCCAUUAUUGACAAUUCUCCACAGGUUUUUCGACUUCAGGUGAAUAACGGGAUACCCAUAAAGAGUUGGUUCGAUGACCGAACCGACCAUGCGUUACUUCAAUUACUUCCCUUCCUCGAGACCCUUGUUGACGCAGAGGAUGUUCGACCCAUCAUUGCUGAGAAAUUCGGGAAUAAAGAGUAAAACGCAGCUUGUUUCCACAGCUAUUAGAUUAGAUUAUUGACCCAUUUUACAAUGUUGUCAUUAGAUAAUCCUUUUCAUUGGAAUCAAACUAUGUAUAAAAUUUAGUCUUUUAGUUUGUGAUUCAAUAUAUAUGGCGAGUUAGCUAUGAUAUAAUUGCGGAAUUUGUUGCUAAAAGCUAACUGCCAUGAGUUGUAUAUUCCCCUGCCUCUUCUUCUGCUAUAAACAGUUGUGUGUGUAUAAAAACUACAUUGUCGAAAUAAAAUGGUGUGUAUCGGUUUUCCUCAUUAA